AUGGUCGACCUUUUCUCUAGUGUUGUUCUCUAUGUGGUUGCGUUUAAGAGGACCAAGGACGACCUCUUUCCAGCGCUGAUCUUCAAGGCGGUGUUUCUCCUGUUUCCAACAUACAGUUUACCCAACUCCCAUCCCUACCCAAUCCAAACCCCACACCCAACAGCUCCACCUCAACCACUCCCAAACCUCACACCCCACACCCCAACUCCAAAUACCCAGUCAAAACCUCACACCCCACACCUCCACACAAACCCACCAAGUCCAAACCUUUCAACCCUCACCUCUACCUCAACCACUCCCAAACCUCACACCCCACACCUCCAUAUCAACCACUCCCAACCCUCACAUCCCACCCCUCCACCUCAAUCACUCCCAAACCUCACACCCCCACACUUCCACCUAAACCACUCCCAAACCUCACAACCCACACCUCCACCCCAAUCACUCCCAAACCUCACGCCCCACACCUCCACCUCAAUCACUCCCAAACCUCACGCCCCACACCUCCACCUCAACCACUCCCAAACCUCACACCCCCCACCUCCACCUCAACCACUCCCAAACCUCAAACACCACACCUCCCCCUCAACCACUCCCAAACCUCAAACACCACACCUCCACCUCAACCACUCCCAACCCUCACACCCCACAUCUCCACCUCAACCCCUCCCAAACCUCACACCCCACAUCUCCACCUCAACCCCUCCCAAACCUCAAACACCACACCUCCCCCUCAACCACUCCCAAACCUCCCAUCCCACACCUCCACCUCAAUCACUCCCAAACCUCACACCCCACACCUCCCCCUCAACCACUCCCAAACCUCAAACACCACACCUCCACCUCAACCACUCCCAAACCCCACACCCCACACCUCCCCCUCAACCACUCCCAAACCUCCCAUCCCACACCUCCACCUCAAUCACUCCCAAACCUCACGCCCCACACCUCCACCUCAAUCACUCCCAAACCUCACACCCCACACUUCCACCUAAACCACUCCCAAACCUCACAACCCACACCUCCACCCCAAUCACUCCCAAACCUCACACCCCACACCUCCACCUCAACCACUCCCAACCCUCACACCCCACAUCUCCACCUCAACCCCUCCCAAACCUCAAACACCACACCUCCACCUCAACCACUCCCAAACCUCUCACCCCACAUCUCCCCCUCAACCACUCCCAAACCUCACCCCCCACCCCUCCAUAUCAACCACUCCCAAACCUCACAUCCCACCCCUCCACCUCAAUCACUCCCAAACCUCACACCCCCACACUUCCACCUAAACCACUCCCAAACCUCACAACCCACACCUCCACCCCAAUCACUCCCAAACCUCACGCCCCACACCUCCACCUCAACCACUCCCAAACCCCACACCCCACACCUCCACCUCAACCACACCCAAACCUCACAUCCCACCCCUCCACCUCAAUCACUCCCAAACCUCACACCCCACACCUCCAUAUCAACCACUCCCAAACCUCACACCCCACAUCUCCACCCCACCCACCCAGUCCAAACCUCACACCCCCCACCUCCACCUCAACCACUCCCAAACCCCACACCCCACACCUCCCCCUCAACCACUCCCAAACCUCCCAUCCCACACCUCCACCUCAAUCACUCCCAAACCUCACGCCCCACACCUCCACCUCAACCACUCCCAAACCCCACACCCCACACCUCCCCCUCAACCACUCCCAAACCUCCCAUCCCACACCUCCACCUCAAUCACUCCCAAACCUCACACCCCCACACUUCCACCUAAACCACUCCCAAACCUCACAACCCACACCUCCACCUCAACCACUCCCAAACCCCACGCCCCACACCUCCACCUCAACCACUCCCAACCCUCACACCCCACAUCUCCACCUCAACCCCUCCCAAACCUCACACCCCACAUCUCCACCCCACCCACCCAGUCCAAACCUCACACCCCACACCUCCACCUCAAUCACUCCUAAACCUCACACCCCAACCCCGAACUACCCAACCCAAACCUCACGCCCCUACACCCCCACCCCACCCAAUCCAAACAUCAUACCUCACAUCUCCACCCCAACCCCCACCCACCAAAUCCAAACUCACACCACUACACCCCCACCCCCCCCAAUCCAAUCAUCACACCCCACAACCGACCCCACACCAAACCUCUUACCCCUACAUCACCAUACACCUCAACCCCCCACCCCAUCCAAUUCAAACUUCACAUCCCUACACCCCCAACCCCACCCAAUCCAAACCACACACCCCACACCCCUCCCGCCUCUUUUCCUCGAAAAAACUUAG